GUGGAGUAUGGCCACGAUCGUUCUAGUCGAAGGUAGAACGUUCCUCGACGGUGACACCGUCUCGAUAACAAGCGCAGCCUGAUAAACGAACGAAAACCAAAUAAUGGAUUUUCAACUGUACGGUCGCCGGGAAUACGACGCACUCAUCAAGCCCAUAAUGAUCACUGGGAGGAUAAUAUCCAUCUGGCCGAUAGCUGAGAAGAGUGGCACGGCAACGGUACUCUUUAGAAGAUUUCACCAGUUCUGCAUGUUUUUCCUAGUGACAGUCAUGUCGAUCGCGGUGACAGCCGACGUGAUUCACAAUCUAGACGACCUGGACGAAGCGACAGAGUGUGCCCUGAUCUGCACAGCCUUCUAUCUCUGCGUCGUCCGGAUGGUGGUCUACACGAUCCAUCAGAAGGAUAUGCUCUAUGUGGUGAACACGAUGCGAGAUGACUGGACCACGUCCACAUACGAGGACAGGGCAAUCUUAGCUGGCAAAACGAUGUUCGCGUUUCGGCUGGCCAAGUACUUUAUCAGCACUGUCGCCGUGACGAUUGUGUUGUUCAUGUGCGUCCCGCUUUUGGAAAUCUACGUGGCAGGCAAGGACAAAAUUCUCCCGUUCCGUGGCUACUUUUACAUCAAUCAAACGGUGUCGCCGACGUUCGAGUGCCUUUAUUUGUUCAACGUGUCGGCCGGUGGUUUCGGCGGCAGCAUGAUCGCCGGCGCGACUAGUUUCAAUCUGAUAGUGAUAAUGCACGGAUCGGCCAAGUUCGCGGUUCUACGAAAACGACUGGAGGCUAUCAACAGCGAGGAUCGUGAUUCCGCUACCGUGAUCACGGACUGUGUAAUUCGUCACCAACAGGCGAUAGCGUACGCGGACGCGCUGGAGAGGAUCAUAAAUGUUUUGGCUCUUGGGCAAUUCGUCAUUAGCACCGGGCUCCUCUGUUUCGCGGGAUUCCAGAUCACCUCGAUGAUGGAGGACAAGGGACGCUUGAUGAAGUAUUCGACCUUCUUGAACUCCGCCAUCCUCGAGCUGUUCAUGUUCAGCUUCAGCGGGGACGGGCUGAUCGAGGAGAGCGAAGCUGUGGGCGAGUCCGUGUACAAUGGCGGUUGGAUCGGCAGCCGUUACGGUUCGAGUCUUAUGAUCAUUAUGAUGCGAUCGACUGUCCCUAGCAAGAUAACAGCGGCAAAAUUUUACAGUAUGUCAUUGCAGAGCUUUUCGAAGGUGCUCAGCACGUCGUUCUCGUACUUCACGGUCCUGACGGCCACCAAAGACGAAUAA